AUGGCAAUGGAGGAAAUCGUGAACUGUCAUGCCAAACUCCCCACCACCUCCCAGGGCAACGCCCUGCGGCCCGAUGUCAUAUCGGUGGCAGGUGCAUUCUUGGAUGCGUACCUGCAGCUGAUGCGGCCUGCAGAGGAAGAAAUCGCAUCUGUGGCAUGGGGGUCCUACUGGAUUGCUGCCAGGGGCGGCAGACAGUGGAAUGGCGAUCCCAGCCUGGAGGAAAUCAACUGUGUCGCUGGAGGUCUGGGGGUGGGCAGCCUCCCCGACAUUGAGCAGCAGAUCUUCCUCAAACUCCGAGAGACGGUGGGCAGCAGGGGAUACACCACGCACCACCCGACCCCGCACGACUUUGUCCACAUCUUCAUGGCGGCAGUGGGCAUUGCGGAGGACAGUGAGGAGGGGAAGCUUGCAAUGGCCAUCGUUCAGGCAUCUUGGCAAUGCAACACCAGUUUUCCCCCCUCAAAAAUUGCGGCUGCUGCUGUGGACAUGGCAAGGGCCGCAGAGUCAAGGAAGCCAUACGCACCUGAUCUUGAAGGGAUGUCUGAGUACUCCCGGUGGCAGCUGCGCAGCUGCAAGGCCACACUGGCCAAGAUCUACUACAGUUGA